AUUGCGUACAUUUCUUCUCCAAGUGUUUGUCUGUCCGUCCGUCCGUCGCACACACAUUCACACUCACGCACACAGAGGAGAGAGGGAGAGAGAGAGAGAGGAAGAGAGAGAGAGUGCUACCAUGGCGGCGAGAACGAUAAUGGUAUCAGUGUUAGUAAUAACAAUAGCUGCAUCCCUCUCUUGGGUAUCAUUGUCGACGCCUGAGGCUGCUUCUGCCUUUGUCAAGAAGACCAUCUCUUCCCACAAGAUCGUCAUCUUUUCCAAAUCCUAUUGCCCUUACUGUAGAAGGGCCAAAAAUGUUUUCAAAGAGUUAAACCAAGUACCACAUGUUGUGGAGCUCGAUCAGAGAGAUGAUGGCUCAAACAUUCAGGAUGCCUUAAGUGUUAUUGUUGGGAGGCGCACUGUACCACAGGUGUUCAUAAAUGAAAAGCACAUUGGAGGUUCAGAUGAUACUGUUGAAGCAUAUGAAAGUGGAGAGUUGGCUAAACUUCUUGGCAUUGCCGUGGAGGAUGAUGAUGAUCUCUGAACGAAAGCACUGAUAAUGAGAGACAGACAAUUUAUUGCAGAGUAAAUUCAAAUGUUGCGCUUCUAUUAUAUCUAUUUACAUGACGGGUACAGUAAUGACUUUAACGGAUGACUUGUAGUAGCUUUUGUUCAUCAUAUGUUAGUAAUUAAAGCUGGAUUGCUUUA